CUCUGGUUUUCAAUCCAACCACAUAAUAUAUAUUCAGAUAUAUGCAGAUAUAGGUUGUUUUAGAAGAUGGUUCUUAUUCGUGUUACAUCUGAAGUGAAAUUUUGUAGUUAUGAGUCGUGUGUGAAACCUGCUGCAGCACUGCUUCCGAUGAAUACACGUGAAAUCUGUACAGAAAGUAGUGUUACAACGGACCUUGGUGUAGUGAUGAGCAGUGCUCACAUACUCUCUGAAAGUAGCUUCACAUUUCCUUUGGACAUUCGUAACAAAGUUAAUACUGCUAACUAAUGGGCAUUAGGAAAAUCCACAUCCAAAAAUAUUUCCUACUGAGAUGUCACCAUAAUGAGUUGUGCUUGGAAAUAUUUCAUUGAAGAGAAGUGAUCUAUUUACAAGUUUGCAAAGUGCUGUUCAACAACUUGAUCUCCCCAUACUGCCUUGAUUACAUCCCAA